CCCCACCAUUAAAUGAUCUCUCUCCUUUUUUUUUCCCAAAUCAGCGAUCCCACACUCAGUCAUAUUCCCAUUUUUUCAUUCCGUAGCGGCUGACACGAAGCUAUAUCUAUCUGCCGGCGAUCACCGUCGAUUGAUUUCCACCGUUGGAUUCUCUUCUCUCUCUUCUUCUUCUUCUUCGUCAUUAUCUCCUCUGACUGAACCCUAAUUUACAAGUCCCUUUGGGCGUCUUCAAAUUCUGGAUUCAUGGAGGCCAAACCAAAGAGAAGGAUUGUUACAGAGAAUGGAGAUACAGGGGAGGAUUUAGUUCUCGCAACCUUGAUCGGAAACGGGGAUGAUGUGGGUCCUCUCGUUAGGCAUGCUUUUGAGAUGGGGAGGCCUGAGCCUCUCGUUCAUCAGCUCAAGAACGUGGCGAGGAAGAAGGAAGCUGAAAUCGAGGAUCUUUGCAAGACCCACUACGAAGAGUUCAUCGUAGCGGUUGAUGAGCUCCGUGGUGUGCUGGUUGAUGCUGAGGAGCUUAAGAGUGAUCUUGCAACUGACAAUUUUCGGUUGCAGGAGGUUGGGAGUGCAUUGUUGGUGAAGCUGGAGGAGCUUCUUGAGUCGUAUGCUGUUAAGAAGAAUGUGACUGAAGCUAUCAAAAUGUCGAAGAUCUGCGUUCAAGCACUGGAGCUGUGUGUUAAAUGUAAUAGUUACGUCUCUGAAGGCCAGUUUUACCACGCCUUGAAAACCAUGGAUCUGAUUGAGAGGAACUACUUGAAGAUUAUCCCACUUAAGGUGCUAAAGUUGGCGAUAGAGAGAAGAAUCCCAGUGAUCAAGUCACACAUUGAGAAAAAAGUGUGCAGCCAAUUUACGGAAUGGCUUGCUCACAUUAGAAGCUCCUCUAAAAGUAUUGGACAGACAGCUAUUGGCCUCAUCGCCUCAGCUCGCCAGAGGGAAGAGGAAAUGCUGGAGCGUCAGAGGAAAGCAGAGGAGCAAAACACAGGUGGAUUGGGCGAAUUGGCAUACACACUAGAUGUUGAAGACUCCGAACAAGAUUCUGUUUUGAAGUUUGAUCUCACACCUCUCUAUCGAGCAUAUCACAUCCACACUAUUCUUGGAGUCCCGGAACGGUUCCGUGACUAUUACUACAGUAACCGCCAACUACAGCUCGAUUCAGAUCUGGAGAUCUCUUAUGGACAGCCGUUUGUGGAAUCAUACCAAACGUUCCUAGCUCAGAUUGCAGGAUACUUCAUCGUGGAGGAUCGUGUGAUUAGAACAGCUGGAGAUUUCUUAUUGGCAGAUCAAGUUGAGACGAUGUGGGAAACAGCAAUUGCCAAAAUAGUAUUGGUAUUGGAGAAUCAGUUUGCGAGAAUGGAUUCGCCUACUCAUCUCCUUUUGGUGAAAGACUAUGUAACCCUCCUUGGCGCAACGCUUAGACAGUACGGUUAUGAAGUUGGUCCAGUUCUUGACGCCCUUGACAAGAGCCGAGAUAAGUACCACGAGCUUCUUCUCGAAGAGUGUCGAAAGCAAAUCGUGACUGCUAUCUCAGAGGACAGUUAUCAGCAGAUGGUAAUCAGAAAGGAAGCUGACUACGAAAACAACGUCUUGUCGUUUAAUCUUCAGACCUCAGAGAUCAUGCCGGCUUUCACAUACAUUGCUCCCUUCUCUUCUAUGGUUCCUGAUGUUUGCCGCAUCAUCAGAUCAUACAUUAAAGGAUCUGUGGAUUACUUGUCCUAUGGUGUCAACACCAACUUCUUCAGUGUUCUGAGGAAGUACCUUGACAAAAUCUUGAUCGACGUGUUGAACGAAGUUAUCCUCGAGACGAUUAACAACAACUCCAUCGGAGUAGCUCAAGCUAUGCAGAUUGCAGCGAACAUAUCAUUCCUCGAGAAGGCAUGUGACUAUUUCCUCCGCCACGCAGCUCAGCUUUGCGGCAUCCCGAGCCGUUCAGUUGAAAAGCCUCAAGCGAGUUUGGCUGCAAAGGUCGUACUCAAAACGUCGAGAGACGAGGCCUAUCACGCGUUGCUGAACGUGGUGAACACCAAGUUAGACGAGUUCAUGAAGCUUCCGGAAAACAUUAACUGGAUUACAGAGGAGAUGCCACAAGGCCCUCACGAGUACAUGAACGAGGUCGUUAUAUACCUCGAGACUGUUAUGUCCACUGCACAACAGAUCCUCCCAACGGAUGCUUUGUACAAAGUUGGAGUUGGGGCAAUCGAGCACAUCUCAAACUCCAUCGUCUCUACGUUCCUAAGCGAUAGCAUCAAGAGAUUCAACGCCAAUGCGGUCUCUGCUAUUAACCAUGAUCUGAGAGUCAUAGAAAACUUUGCUGAUGAGAGGUAUCAUUCAACGGGGUUAGACGAGGUGUACAAAGAAGGAAGCUUUAGAAGCUAUCUGGUUGAAGUGAGGCAGCUGAUAAACUUGUUGUCGAGUAGCCAGCCUGAGAACUUCAUGAACCCGGUGAUUAGGGAGAGGAACUACAACACCUUGGAUUACAAGAAAGUGGCUACGAUCUGCGACAAGUUUAAGGAUUCUCCUGACGGGAUAUUCGGAAGUCUCGCAAAUAGAAACACGAAGCUUACGGCUAAGAAGAAGUCCAUGGAUAUGCUCAAGAAGAGACUCAAGGAAUUUAACUGAUGCUAUAUAAGUAAGCAUUACUGCUGCACUAAUAAGACCAAACCUUCCCACUCACAUCAUCAUCAUCACCAUUUAGUUUCACUAUUCCCUUAAUUUGCCUGUUUCUGGUUAGCCUCUAGUUUGUUUUCUUUUGAUGUCUUCAUUAUGUUCUUUGACGAACCAUUUUAUUAAUCAAUUUCAGUUUUGUCCUAA